GGCUCCAUGUGGUUACCGUUUCUCGAGUCACGUCCAGCAAUUUCAUUACGGAACGAGGAAAUUACGCACAAAAUCGGAAAUUCCACUGCUCCCCGAGAGGGCAGAAUAAAACUCAACCCGUUAAGUGGCCCCACCAUCCCUGAUUUGGCGAAAAAAUGGGCAAAAAGAAGGCAAAUCAAUUGGGCCGUUCGCUUAUCAAAGAUCGGUUCGGUCAGGGCAGCCGGAAAACGGUCGGCGAUGGCAGCAUGCUCCACACGACGGAAGUGCAGGAUGGGUACGAUUGGGGCCGGCUAAACCUGCAGUCCGUCACGGAGGAAUCAUCGUUCCAGGAGUUUCUCCGUACCGCCGAACUGGCCGGUACCGAGUUUCAGGCCGAAAAGCUCAACAUCUCGUACGUGAACCCCAAAUCGAAGGUCGGCCUGCUGACGACGAACGAGCGUGUGGAAAUCAUCCGGAAGCAGAUCGAUAAGAAGGAUCUGCUAAAGAUUCCCCGGCGUCCCCGGUGGACCAAAGAGAUGUCGCCCGAGGAACUGCACGUGGCGGAGAAUGCAUCGUUUCUCGAGUGGCGUCGUGGUCUGGUGGCACUGCAGGAGGACGAUGGUAUGCUGCUGACACCGUACGAGAAGAAUCUGGACUUUUGGCGCCAGCUGUGGCGAGUGGUUGAGCGCAGUGACAUUGUGGUACAGAUCGUUGAUGCCCGCAAUCCGCUCCUGUUCCGCACGGAAGAUCUCGAGCGGUACGUCAAGGAGGUGGACGAUAACAAGCUGAACAUGAUCCUGAUCAACAAAUCGGACUUUCUGACCGACGAGCAGCGGGAGUGCUGGGCGAAGUACUUCGAUGAGCAGGGUGUCCGCGUUGCCUUCUAUUCGGCCGUUUUGGCUGCCGAAGAGGCAAAGCGAGAGGCCGAAGCAGAGGAGGAUCAUAGCGACAGCAGCACAAGUGACGACGAAUCCGGCGAUGAGGCCGAACAGGAAGUGAAGGAAAAGAUUGGCAAACUCCAACUAUCAGUUGAUAAGGCAGAGAAAACGCUCGAAAAAAUAGAAGAAAAGAUCAACGAUUUGGCGGAUGGCGUAGCGAGUGAUGAUACGAAAAACAAUCCCAAGCUACUGAGCAACAGUGAACUGAUUACGCUGUUUAAGCGUCUUCACCAUGGCAACCGUGUCACGCCCGGUAUCGUUACGGUCGGUCUAGUUGGCUACCCGAACGUUGGCAAGAGCAGCACGAUCAAUGCCGUGUUUCUGGAGAAGAAAGUGUCGGUAUCGGCCACUCCCGGCAAGACGAAACACUUCCAAACCCUCUACGUCGACAGUGAGCUCAUGUUUUGUGAUUGUCCCGGUCUGGUGAUGCCCAGUUUCUGCAUAACGAAAGCGGAUAUGAUACUGAACGGUAUCUUACCGAUCGAUCAGAUGCGCGAUCAUGUACCACCGGUCAAUCUGCUCUGCACACUCAUACCUCGUCACGUGCUCGAGGAUACGUACGGUAUCAUGAUAGCGAAACCGCUCGAAGGGGAAACCCCAAACCGACCACCACACUCCGAAGAGCUGCUGCUGGCGUUCGCCUACAACCGGGGCUUCAUGACGGCCAACGGACAGCCCGAUCAAUCCCGUGGUUCAAGGUACGUGCUGAAGGAUUACGUGAACGGUAAACUGCUGUACUGUUACGCACCGCCCGGUGUGGUGCAGGAAGAGUUUCAUCGAUUCCCCGAGCGGCAAAGGGAAGAGAUCGACGUUAAGCUGCUUCCACCGAGGCAACAGCGUGCGAUGAAGAUGAAUGUGAAAAAGACGAGCACCGAUAUCGAUGAGCAGUUCUUUAAGGAACGUGCCCACACCGCUCUCGUGCGCGGUCGAAGUGAUUUCCCUCAUCUGCGACCACUGGGACCGUCCACCGGCGCUAAACUAACACCGGCCGAAGCGGCUGCUGUCGCCGGUAAACCCUGGAAGCAUCAGAAACGUGAAAAACGCGAAAAGCUACGCCGCAAGUACGUCCACCUGGACCAACAUUAAUCAUUGACCCCGGGUGAUCCUUACGGAUUUCGGCUUCCGGCAAUUGUGGUUCAUAAUGCGUUAUAUGUUUUUUUUUGUAUAUAAAUGAUAAGGAUAAUAGUAAUAAAGCUAAAUAUUACAAUGCG